AUGAAGACCGUCCAGGCGAGCGAGACCGAACGGCGAACUCAAGGAGAAGUUAGGCUGCUGAAGGAGCUUCAGCCAUCGAUUCAGCGAAGCCAUCCCGUUCUAAGAAGAAAUCGAUGGGUCUUAGGAAGAGAGCGGCCGUGCCUAUUGACGACGUUGUCGUUGCUUCCGAGCCGGCGCCUAAAAAGAAAGGGUCGAGUCCCCCAGACUGAGGGAUUCUCCUCCUUCUCCCCUUCGGAGCUCUUCCAUUGCGUCGCGUACGAGGUAAGUCGCCUAUUGAUGGAUCUUCAGGAGAUAGGAAUUCCGAUGUUAAUCGUGGACGUUCUUUGCAGGGCUUCGACGAGGAAAGCCUCGACUUCUGUUCCUGAGGGCGUUCCGGAGCAAGUGAUCGAGCUUGACUCUCCUCCUUCCUCGGACCAUGACGAGUCUUCCCAUCACGAUGAGAGUGCUUCUCAUCACGAUGAUGGUUUGAGGACUCCGGCGCGUGGUGGUUCGCCUUCUAAGGGGGACGAGUUCCUCACCCCUGGUGGCGGCGUUCCCUCCUCUGACCGGCGUGAUCGUGGUGGUUUCGAAGGAGGGGAAUCAUCUCGGCGUCCAGGUGAGAAUGAUGAGGCGGCGUCUCGUCACUCGGAGGCGGGUGGUUUUGCUCCUGGCUCGAACCUCGGUGCUGAGGGUGGCGCCGGAAUUCCAAAGGAUGGUCCUGAGGGCUAUAAUCCUCACGCGUUCAAGACAUGGUGGAAUGGCGGGAGUCCUCUUAUGGAGGACCAGGAUGCUUGCGGAGGGGCGACUUGGAUGUCUAAAGUUCAUCCCGGCUUGGGGAUUCCGCGUGAGGAGCUCACCUUUAGGACCGAUUUCGACGAAGCUGCUCAACAUCAUAUUAUGUCUGGCGGGAAGUUCACCGCGUUGGUCCAGAAGUACGAGACGGCGCUUCGGGCAGCUAAGGACGAAGCCUUUGUGUUGCGGCGAGAGCGGGAGAUGGCCAAGGAUGUCGAUACAAUGGUGGCUGAUUUGCAGCAGGAUAAACUGGUGCUUGAGUCGAAGGUCGCGGCGCUGAACAGGGAGAUAGUGAAGACUCUCGGACUCCAGGAGGUAGCAGACAAGCUGAGGGCUCAAGUGAGUGAUCUGGAGGAGAAGCGCGUCGGGAUGCAGAGGCUUCUGCUGCUGAGAUGGAGCGUCUCCGACGGUCUCGUCGAGAAUCGGUCGAGGCGGCUGUGA